CAGUCUGUCAUGUGCUAGGCAUAAUCCUGGGGACUGGUGACAUCAUGGUGAAUGGAGUUGUCCUGUUCUCUCCCCUCACAGAGCUUAUGUUCUAGUGGGGGAGGCACAACAGAAACCAGGGGGAAAGGCUACUUUCAAACUAAUUCCAGAAGAUAACAUAGAGUAAUGCUAUGGAACAUGACUGAGAGUGGUGAGGGUUCUCUAGCUGGGGCGGGCAGUCAGGGAAGGUCAGGAGGUGACACAAGAACUGUGCCUGAAUAUUGAGGAGCUGUCAUAUGGAGACUUGAGGAAAGAACCUUCCAGAAGAGGAUGGACGAGAUGCCUGAUGCCAGCCCACGUCCUCGCUGGAUUCUGGGUCAGAGUUGCUGUAGCCAGUCAGGGAGCUAGAGGUGAUCUAGAGGAACAGGAAGGCAGAUUCUCUGUCCUGGGGGGAACCUGUCUCACCUUCUAGCCCUGAUAAGACAGGCAGAAGGAGAUGCCCCCAUGUCUAGGUAGGAGGAGAAUGACUCCCUUUCCCUUCCUGCAGGUCCUUGGUAGCAGUGCUGAGCUCCAGGAUGGAUGAGUCAUGUGAACAGGUGACAUGCUGAAGGCCCCUUCCUCCAGGAAGCCGCCUUUGACUGCUGCAGGCCACAGAGGCCCCCACCUCUGAGAGCUGACAGAGCCACUUGGUUCAGAUUUGGUGGUUCUCUGACGGUUUGUCCCUGAGAUUUGUUCCCGCACCUUGGCCCUCCAUCCCAUCUCCUAGGUCCAGUCUGUGUUCAUCUAAAGGCCCCCCAACGCUAUGUGUCCAGUAACUGAACAGCCUGGUGUUCUUGUUCUGAGCCUUUGUCCCAGCGCCCCUUGGAUCUGACUGAGAGCAAAGGGUCAAGCGCUGGGAUUCCUCAACUCACUUCAUUUAUUCAGUCAUCCAUCCACUCUAUAAAAAUUCUUUUUUCUGGUUUACUAUGUGCCGGGCGCUGAACCCGGCGCUAGAGAAAUUGGAACUUAGGGCUACCUCGCCCCGGGCCUGGCACCCAGGGAACUCACCGUUCUUGCUGUACAGUUUCUCUUGUUUUCAGGACCAAGUUCCACUGUUGGUGAGAGGAAUAAACCCAACCCCUGGAGCCUCAAUCUCUGCCGGAUAUUUGACCCCAACUCGGGCCCAGGGACCGCCCCCCCCCCCGCCCCCCCCGGGCCGCGGAGGACUAGUGGCAGCCGGGAACGCGGCGCACCGGGGGCCACAUCUGGCUGAGCGGGCGCGCGCGUGUCACUAAGACGCUCAUUCACCGGCGCAGCUGUCACCAUAACAACCGGAGCGAGGGAAUCCUGGCGACUGCUGGGGGCGGGGGCGGCGGUUGCGCGAGGGACCCCGCGGGGGCUGGAGCGUGGCGGCCCUGGGAGACCCACCACCGCGGCAGCGCCCAGCACACCCCGCGCUCCUCGGAGCCCCGCUCCAUGCCGAGCCGCCGGCGGGAGGGCGCCACUCACGUUGCAGCCUCGGCCGUCCCCGCGGGCGGGGACCCAGCCGGCGCCGAGCCGCCGAGACUCCGGGCAGGCCGAGCCGCUGAGCGCCCGCUCCGGGAGCCCUGACUCUAUGGCCCCGGGGGAGCGCGCCGGAGCCACCGCGCCGCCCGCUACCAGCCAGAACCGGAGCGCCAGCGGGAGGAAGAGGGGAGCCCCGGGCGCCGCCAGCCCCGGCCCAGGGGCGCGCCCGCCGCGGAAAAUGGCAGGCAGGUAGAGGGCCCCCGCGGCGGGCAGGCCCCGCCGAGGACCGAGGAGCCCGGAGACUGGGAGGAGAAGAGCGGCCUGCCCGCCCCCUGCCGCAGCCCCACCAGGGCCCUCCCCCGGCGGCGCGCGCGCCGGCGCGCGCACACACUUGCACACCGUAUCUCCUCUGCUGCUCAGCCUCGCCUGCCCCCCGCGAGCACCGAACCCCCUGGGGCCGGAUGCCAUGGGUAACAACUUCUCCAGUAUCCCCUCUCUGCCCCGAGGAAACCCGAGCCGGGCGCCACGGGGCCACCCCCAAAACAUCAAAGACUCCAUCGGGGGCCCCUUCCCUGUCACCUCUCACCGAUGCCACCACAAGCAGAAGUACUGCCCACCGGUGCUGCCCGGUGGGGGGCUCCCGGCCACGCCACUGCUCUUCCACCCACAUACCAAGGGCUCCCAGAUCCUCAUGGACCUCAGCCACAAGGCCGUCAAGAGGCAGGCCAGCUUCUGCAAUGCCAUCACCUUCAGUAACCGCCCGGUCCUCAUCUAUGAGCAAGUCAGGCUGAAGAUCACCAAGAAGCAGUGCUGCUGGAGCGGGGCGCUGCGGCUAGGCUUCACGAGCAAGGACCCAUCCCGUAUCCACCCUGACUCACUGCCCAAGUACGCCUGCCCCGACCUGGUGUCCCAGAGCGGCUUCUGGGCCAAGGCGCUGCCCGAGGAGUUUGCCAACGAGGGCAACAUCAUCGCCUUCUGGGUGGACAAGAAGGGCCGUGUUUUCUACCGCAUCAACGACUCGGCCGCCAUGCUCUUCUUCAAUGGGGUCCGUACAGCCGACCCGCUCUGGGCCCUGGUGGACGUCUACGGCCUUACGCGGGGCGUCCAGCUACUUGACAGCGAGCUGGUGCUACCGGACUGCGUGCGGCCGCGCUCUUUCACCGCCCUGCGGCGGCCGUCGCUGCGACGUGAGGCCGAGGAAGCGCGCCUCUCCGUGAGCCUGUGCGACCUCAACGUGCCGGGCGCCGACGGCGACGAGACCACGCCGGCCGCUGGCUGCCCCAUCCCGCAGAACUCGCUCAACUCCCAGCACAGCCACGCUCUGCCAGCGCAGCUCGACGGCGACCUGCGCUUCCACGCGCUGCGCGCCGGCGCACACGUCCGCAUCCUGGACGAGCAGACAGUGGCGCGCCUGGAGCAUGGGCGCGACGAGCGCGCGCUCGUCUUCACCAGCCGGCCCGUGCGCGUGGCCGAGACCAUCUUCGUCAAGAUCACGCGUUCGGGCGGCGCACGGCCUGGCGCGCUCUCCUUCGGCGUCACCACGUGCGACCCCGGCACGCUGCGGCCAGCCGACCUGCCUUUCAGCCCCGAGGCACUGGUGGACCGUAAGGAGUUCUGGGCCGUGUGCCGCGUGCCCGGGCCCCUGCACAGCGGCGACAUCCUGGGCCUGGUGGUCAACCCCGACGGUGAGCUGCACCUCAGCCACAAUGGCUCCGCGGCGGGCAUGCAGCUGUGCGUGGACGCCUCGCAGCCGCUUUGGAUGCUCUUCGGCCUGCACGGGGCCAUCACGCAGAUCCGCAUCCUCGGCUCCACCAUCCUGGCAGAGCGGGGCAUCCCGUCACUCUCCUGCUCCCCUGCCUCCACACCAACCUCACCCAGCGCCCUGGGCAUCCGCCUCUCUGACCCCUUGCUCAGCACAUGCAGCUCUGGACCUCUGGGGAACUCUGCUGGCGGGACGGCCCCCAACUCACCUGUGAGCCUGCCAGAGUCGCCAGUGACUCCAGGCGGGGGCCCGUGGAGCGAUGAGUGCACCAUUUGCUAUGAGCACGUGGUGGACACGGUCAUCUACACAUGCGGCCACAUGUGCCUCUGCUAUGCCUGUGGCCUGCGCCUCAAGAAGGCUCUACACGCCUGCUGCCCCAUCUGCCGCCGCCCCAUCAAGGACAUCAUCAAGACCUACCGCAGCUCCUAGCCCGUCGUGGUGCCCUAC